AUGCAACUUUUGGACAAAGCUCAGUUGGAUGCCAUUCCUGUUCUCGUGCUAGGAAAUAAGAAAGAUUUGCCGGGCGCAUUGGAUGAACGACAGCUUAUUGAACGCAUGAAUCUGUCUGCCAUACAAAAUCGCGAAAUCUGCUGUUAUUCAAUUUCUUGUAAGGAAAAGGAGAAUAUAGAUAUUACGCUUCAAUGGCUGAUUCAGCAUUCGAAAAGUCAACGCUAG